GCGUUCCGUUCCGGGCCGAGGCUCGCGGCGGAAAAGUUGUGGGGCAGAGAGGAGCGGCCCUGGGACGGGCAGAGAGCGGGACGCCGAGCCGGCUCCCGGCGCCCGCGGUCCCGCCAUGGACGACCUCGACGCCCUGCUGGCAGACUUGGAGUCCACCACCUCCCACAUCUCCAAACGGCCCGUGUUCUUGCCCGAGGAGACCCCCUACUCAUACCCAACUGGAAACCACACAUACCAGGAGAUUGCCGUGCCACCCCCUGUCCCGCCACCCCCGUCCAGUGAGGCCCUCAAUGGCACGGUUCUUGACCCCCUAGACCAGUGGCAGCCCAGUGCCUCCCGAUUCAUCCACCAGCAGCCUCAGUCCCCGUCACCCGUGUACGGCUCCAGUGCCAAAACUUGCAGCGCCUCUGUCCCCCAGGACGGCGCCGGCCCCCCGUGUUCCCGAGCCGCUGAGGAAGAGCACGUCUACAGUUUCCCCAACAAGCAGAAGUCGGCCGAGCCUUCACCCACGGUGAUGAGCUCCUCCCUGGGCAGCAACCUUUCUGAACUCGACCGCCUGCUGCUGGAACUGAACGCGGUGCAGCAUAACCCCCCGGGCUUCCCUGCAGAUGAGGCCAACUCAAGUCCCCCGCUGCCUGGGGCUCUGAGCCCCCACUAUGGCAUCCCAGAGAAUAACAGCCCACUGGGAGGCAAAGCCGGGCCUCUGACGAAAGAGAAGCCCAAGCGGAAUGGGGGCCGUGGCCUGGAGGAUGUACGGCCCAGUGUGGAGAGUCUCUUGGAUGAACUGGAGAGCUCCGUGCCCAGCCCCGUCCCUGCCAUCACUGUGAACCAGGGUGAGAUGAGCAGCCCUCAGCGAGUGACCUCCAGCCAGCAGCAGACACGCAUCUCAGCCUCCUCAGCCACCAGGGAGCUGGACGAGCUGAUGGCCUCCCUUUCGGAUUUCAAGAUCCAGGGCCUGGAGCAAGUGGUGGAUGGAGAAGCGUGGGCGGCCAGCUGGCCUCUGAGCGACAGGCAGAGCAGUCCCGAAGGGCAGGACAAGGGAGGGUUCAUGGCCCAGGGGAAGACGGGGAGCAGCUCUCCCCCUGGGGGGCCCCCGAAGCCUGGGAGCCAGCUGGAUAGUAUGCUGGGAAGCCUGCAGUCUGACCUGAACAAACUGGGGGUCGCCACAGUUGCCAAAGGGGUCUGCGGGGCCUGCAAGAAGCCCAUUGCUGGGCAGGUUGUGACCGCCAUGGGAAAGACGUGGCACCCGGAGCACUUCGUCUGCACCCAUUGCCAAGAGGAGAUCGGAUCCCGGAACUUCUUUGAGCGGGAUGGACAGCCUUACUGUGAAAAGGACUAUCACAACCUCUUCUCCCCGCGCUGCUACUACUGCAACGGCCCCAUUCUGGAUAAAGUGGUGACAGCCCUUGACCGGACGUGGCACCCUGAGCACUUCUUCUGCGCCCAGUGUGGAGCCUUCUUUGGUCCCGAAGGGUUCCAUGAGAAGGACGGCAAGGCCUACUGCCGGAAGGAUUACUUUGACAUGUUCGCGCCCAAGUGUGGCGGCUGUGCCCGGGCCAUCCUGGAGAACUACAUCUCGGCCCUCAGCACCCUCUGGCAUCCGGAAUGCUUUGUGUGCCGGGAGUGCUUCACGCCCUUUGUCAACGGCAGCUUCUUUGAGCACGACGGGCAGCCCUACUGUGAGGUGCAUUACCACGAGCGUCGAGGCUCGCUCUGCUCGGGCUGCCAGAAGCCCAUCACGGGCCGCUGCAUCACCGCCAUGGCCAAGAAAUUCCACCCGGAGCACUUCGUCUGUGCCUUCUGCCUCAAGCAGCUCAACAAGGGCACCUUCAAGGAGCAGAACGACAAGCCUUACUGUCAGAACUGCUUCCUCAAGCUCUUCUGCUAGGCACCCUUCAUGGUCCCCCUGCCCUGGCCCAGCCUCCCCAACGGCUACUGUGACCCAGAGGCCUUGCCCAGGGGUGAAGGGGCAAACCCGACCGAAACUGGAACCCGUACCCUCGGCUGGUGCAGGUUGGCGAGAGGCCCUGCUCUUCUUUCCCCUGCCAGAGCCUCUGGGCCUUCCUCCUGCAGCCCUCCCCCGGCUGUCAGCUCUUCGUCCUCCCCGGAGCGGAGGCUGGAGGGCCCCGCCCUGCACCAUGUGUGUCCCCGCCAACCCGCCUGGCCAGGCCAGCAGCCCACACUGGAGCCAUCUUUUACUCCUACUUUGGCAGUGGAGCCAGGGGCAAGGGCAGGCAGGGUCAGACGGGGUCUUUUUUUAUCCUUCUCCCCGAUUCUGACCUGACCUAUCUUUGUCCUGAGAGUACUGGGGGAUACCGGCUCCCUUCAGACAAUGCCAGCAUAAAUUCAUCUAUCCAAGGGUGGAAGUGUUUGAGGGGCCGCGGAAGGUUUCUUGUGCUCCUGCCCUUCCGGUCUCCCCGGGCCUGGGCCGCUGCCCCCCGAGCCCCCAUAACUGCUCUGGUUCUACUGAGAAAGGCCUCUCCAGCAAUAAUGUUUUAUAGUCACUUCCUCCGUCUCUGGGACGGUGUGAGGUGGGGAGUUUUCCCCCCCGUGCCUGGACACUGUACCGACUUUGAUAGAUUUCUACACUGAGGUUUGAAUUCAUACCGUCUGAGUUGCUUUUACUUCUCUAUAUACAAAAUGAUUUUGAAGAGAUUUUAAAGAUGUCCCCUUUUGUACUCUGCUCAUCCAUGGCCACUGGUCCUGUUGGUGACAGUGGCUGUGGUGUGGGGUUUGCCUUGUACUGAGGGCUUGGGGGUGGGGAAGCAAUUUGUAUUUUAUUUUUUCUUAGCACAAGCAGGUGAACCGGGAGCAGCUCUCUGACUCCCCUUCCUUAACUUCACAGCUCACCAGGACCGUUUGAUAAACUGCUGUAUUUUAAAUCCCCUUCCUGGAUACUACCUGGGCCGGCAAGCUCUUAACUGAAACUGGCCUCAGGGUGUCUUGCCCUUUGGGGCCUAGCAUUCUGAACCUCAUCUGUCCUGUUCCUGAGGGAGGAGAAGGGGAAAGUACACUUUGGGGGUGCUGAUUCCUGUCCGAGUAAGCCAUCAGGAGCAUUUGCUCCCCUGUGAACUUUCUGGCAGCAAAGAGAACCCACCGGAUAAUAUUCUCAGCCUCCUCAUUGCUUUUCUGUGGCUCUUCUGUCUUCUGAGGAAAGCUGGUGUCUGGUAUUGACCGUGGGUCUUGUUGAUUGCACUGGGCCCGUCAUUUCCCCAAACUUGUUGCCCUUCCUGGAGACUGGAGGUCUGGGGAAAGGGCCCAGGUGGUUGCAAGGGGGCCUGAUAGGACUCGGCGGAGGGACAGAUCCUGCUAAAGUAGUGGGACGCCUCCAGAGCUCUGGCCCCCGUGGAGGAAACGGGAGCAGGCAGGCCUGGGGUUCUGGGUCAGCAGAAAGGGGCCCCCGUGGGGUCUAAAGUGAGGAAGAGCCAGACCACUCCACUAGCCUCAGAGCAGAGGCUGAGCGUGCGGGGGUCUUGGGAGAGGGUCCCCUCCUUUGAGGCAGGAUUGGGAGCAGCCCCGGUCUGAGGACGUCAGCCAGGCCCCUCCAAAGGUCUGAUGUCUCCACUUCUACCCAUAGGCCUUAUUGCUCUGUUUACAGUGACCUGCCCCAGGCCCCUCCCCUAGGGGGGGACUGGGGUUUCUGGGGUCCAUCCUCUGGGUCAGUGGUUAUUUGAUGAUUUUAUUUUAUUUUUUUCCUCU